CAAGGGCAACAAGAAGGACCCACCGUCGGUGGCACGGUGAGACAUGUAGGCCACGGAGUCUCCUCUCCAUACCAUUACGUUUGCUGAAACGUUGCCUUCCGAAGACGCUUCUACAUUUCUCCCCUUCCCUUUCUCCUCUCCGCGCUCUAUAAGUCCUGUACUUGACUCCCCCCCGACGGAGGAGAGAGAAAGAAGAAGGUUUAUGCCCGUGGAGAUGUCGAGCCGGAGGUCGUCGUCGAGGAUCAGCGACGAGGAGAUCAGUGAGCUCAUCUCCAAGUUGCAGUCUCUGCUCCCGGAGUCUCGCCGCAGGAGCAUGAGCAGGGCGUCGGCGGCCAAGUUGCUGAAGGAGACGUGCAGCUACAUCAAGAGCUUGCACCGCGAGGUGGACGACCUCAGCGACCGGCUCUCCGACCUGAUGUCGACUAUGGACUCCGGCAGCCCUCAGGCCGAGAUCAUCAGGAGCAUCCUCAGGUCCUAGGUUGAUCUGUAGUCCACUAGUAUUCUCGUACCAUUCCACGGACGAGACCCUCUCGCAGAAGGCUCGGUUAUUUGCAUCAGCAUAUGUUACAUGUAUUAUUAGCAAGAGAAAUCCUACUACUGCUUGAUGAUGCCAAAA